AUGCGGCGGCUACGGGGAGGGAGCUCGAGCGCGGACACUGUCGUUGAGCUGAACUCCCGGAAGCCUCGGGCCGGCCAGCGCGAUGGGCGUGUGCCCGGGCGCUCGGCGCUCUAUGCGCGUGCGCGGGGCCGCCUCGGCUCCGCGGUCGUCGGGGCGCAGGCGCGCGAGGGGGGGGAGGGCGCGGGGCGGGCGGGCCGGCGGCAGUCACUCGGGCCCUGGGGACGGCGCCCGGCACCCCGCGCCCACGCGGGCCUCCGCCAGGCGGCGCAAGGCGGCGGGGCGGGCCGGGUCGCCUCCCGCGGCGUCUGGGCCCGCCGGGCACUCGUAGCCCGCCCCGCCCCCGGUGACGCCCGCCGAGGCCGCCGCCGCCGCCGCGCGGAGCGUGCACGGGUUCGAGUCCCCGCCUCGGGCGGCAUGGCGGGCGCGGAUGGCGGCGGCGUCGCCCCGCGCCUGGGCGGCGGCGUCGCCCCGCGCCUGGGCGGCGGCGGCGCGGUGCGCGCGGCCCCGCUGGACCCCGAGCAGCUGCGGCGGGUGCUGGAGCGGGUGGCCAGGGACGCGGCGCGGCCGGGCGCCCAGGCCCCGCGCCGGCCGCCGCCCCAGCAACUAGACGCCGUAUGUGUCAAGGUGACAUCUGGUGACAAGAGAGGCAAGGAAAGACCAGUGCCCCCACGGGCCACCAUGCAGCCCCCAACAGAAAGACAGAGUCAGCCAUGUGGGAGAGGCUCCAGCUUGGUGAGGCUUUGUGUCACCAGGCCUCAACUGCACAAGGCACCAUCCCCGGGGACCGAAUCACAGCCGUGCUUCCUCAGAGCAUCACCUCAGCCCAGGGCUCCUCAGGUGUCGGUACACAGACCACUGCCGGCCCUCCAGCCAGUCCCUGCAAAGAGAGGCAAGGGUCCCCACGCUGAGAAUGGACAGGGCACUGCAUGGGCCCCUCUGGCAGCCUCUGCUGCUCCUGUCACAGCACCUGACUUGUCUGGUUCGGCGCAUGUGUUUAUUUCCAGCUUGCACACCAUGCACACAGAGAAACUGAAGAAAUCUUUAAAAGUGAAAACGCGGUCUGGACGCGUAUCUCGACCUCCCAGGUACAAAGCUAAAGAUUAUAAAUUCAUCAAAACAGAGGACUUGGCUGAUGGGCACCUGUCAGAUUCUGAGGACUACUCGGAGCUGAGUGUGGAAGAGGAGGAAGAGCAAAGGGAGAAGCAGGUGCUCUUUCACGUGGAGGAGUGUGCCCUGAGGCCCAAGGCCUUUAAGUGUCAGGCUUGUGAAAAGUCGUACAUCGGAAAGGGGGGAUUGGCCCGCCAUUUUAAGCUUAAUCCAGGCCAUGGCCAGCUGGAGCCUGAGAUGCUGGCCCCUGGAUAUAUGGAGGCAAGAACCAGAGGCCUGGCUGCUCUCCAGCCGUCCAUACCAGCUGCUUCCCGCAGGAAAGAGACCCAGUCUGCACGGAGUGGCCUGCAGAAUGGUCAUUCUGUAGAAGUUGAAGAGACCAUACUGCCUGAACCAGACGAUGGAAGUCCCUCAGUCCCCCUGGAAUCAGAGAGAUGCCUAGAGCCUAGAAGUGGAGAGCCAGAGACUGUGGCCGAGUCCAGCCCAGCCAGCCCGCAGCAGAGUGGAGCAGCCCAGCCGUCCCAAGGCCCUGCAAGACCCACUGUUUCCUGGAGCAGAGCCCAGCUCAAAGAGUCUCUCCAGCAUUGUGGCCGGGAGGACCUGCUGGAACUGGCACUGCCUCAGCUAGCUCAGGUCGUGACCCUGUAUGAAUUUCUUCUGGUCAAGGUUUCAGUUCUUUUUGUCAUCUUUAUCUUCACGAAGGUUGAGAAGGGUCACCGAGCAGGAGCACAGCCUUUCUUCCCAGCUGUGUACAAGGAGUUUGAAGAGCUGCAUCGCAUGGUGAAGAAACUGUGGCAGGGUUACCUCCGUCGUUCUGGCCCGUGCUCUCAGGAGCCCCUGGAAGUAAACAAUGACAAGGUUGCUGAGUCAUUGGGAAUCACAGAAUUCCUGAGGAAGAAAGAAGCAACCCCAGACUACAGUGCACCCAAGCUCCCCAGCCAGGAGACAGAUGGGGAGAAGCCAGAGGCAGCUGGUGGACAGAAGAGAGGGAGGGAGCCGGGUGUGGUGGCCACAGGGGAGAGGCCGGCCACAGUGAAAAAGCCCCGAGGAGCAGCUCUCCCCACAGACACCCCUACGUGUCUUGCUGCCACCAGUGGAUGCCAGGAGAAGCCCCGGCCCUCAUGUGCACCAGCUGCCAGCAAGGGGCACGAGAACUUUCCUCCUCACUUUGGAGGAAGCUGUGGGGAGAUGACUUCUGCUAGAGACAACAGCACAUUACCUGGAGAGCAACAGUUAUCUACUGCAGCGUCUGCUGAUUUUGCAGCCAGGAGUGGGUUUGUGGACCCUGCUCCCCUGUGUCUGCAUGUCAGUGAGCCAGUGCCUUAUGCUCAGUUAGCAGAGCUCAGGGAGUCUCCUCCAUGCCAGGUGUCAAUGUCUCCUGAGGAAGAUCUUCCAGAACUUGCAGCAGAUCAGGCUGCUGGGACCAGCCAGAGGGUCCAGGGUGUCUGUGGCGUUCCCCCAUUAUCAGGUGGGGGAGUAGAAUCCCUGCUGCCUGGCAGGUUUGGAAGUGCAGAGACAGAGGACCUCAGCGAGAUGAGCUGUUUCUGCCUGGAUGGCCAGCAGCCCAGCCCCAGCCAUGUCCUGCUCCCGGAGGUCACAGCCCCUCCACUCCAGAACAUUUUGCCUAUGAAUACUGUGCCAGCUGCUUGUGCCUCCAAGAUGGUGCCCAAGUUGAGCCCUCAGCCUGGUUCCCAUAGAUUGCUAUCAACUAAAGAGGGUCUCAGUCUCAGAAGCCAAGCUGGGGACUUGAACCAGUUCCCUUGCAAGGUGGAGGUACAAGGUGGCCAGAGAGAGCUGGAGAGUGCGGCUACUGCAGGGGAAGCCCUGGCUUUUGAGAUUUCCAACAGGUGCCAGGAGGCGUUGCAGAGGCAGGAACAGAGUCUUAUUCAGACUUCUAAUGGGCUUACCUUGUCUCCUGCAGGUCCCACAAUGUCUCAGGAGGAGGGUGUUGUAGUGACCAGUGCAGGGAGCUCUGCCCUAGGGUUUAGUUCACCAGCAGUUGCUCUCCAAGCCAUGGAGGCCUUCCUCACCGGGGAAGCAGAACCUACUCAGUAACAGGAGCCAGAACCUUGUUAUCAUUUUGCGGCAGGAUCUCCCGUAGCCCGAAGUCGCCUGAUCCUGUAUCUCAGGGAGGCUGGCCUUCAAACUCCCGAGUGCCGGGAUGACAGCUGUGCGCCACUCCACUGGGCGGGAGUCAGAACCUUGAUUCUCUGUUCAUAAGCUUUUUUAUCCAUGGAAGGUCUCAUUUAGGCUGUGUAUAUUUUUAUAAUGUGAAUACUGACAAAAAUGAGCCUUUUAUUUUUAAAGAGCAUUAUCUGCCUACUCUGCUGGCUCUUCCUAAAUGACCUGUGUUGCAGUCCGGUUCGUAUUGCUAGUAGAAAUCACCCAACCAAGAGCAGCGUGUGAGAAAAAGAGGUUUAUUUUGGCUUACAGGCUCGAGGGAAAGCUCCAUGAU